AUGAUCAAAGAUCGACUCGCUGAGUUUAGGACAAUCGAUUCAAACUCGUCUGACUCCAAUUCGAACAGUAUCUCUGAAGAAGAAUACGAGUUAAUCCCUACCUCUUCGCAAGCAUUCUCAGGGUUUGUUAGAGAGAUCCUUCCCGAAGUCGAUGAAAUCCAGAAAACGAUUGAAGAAUGGCAUGUCGAGCAAAAAGCGAUAAUUUCUAGAAAAAUGGUUCAAAAACAUGAAAAGGAAGAUCUUGAAGCUCGAUGCUUACUUGUUCGAAAACAGUUGCGCUUGGUGAAACCGUCAAUUGAUGAGAUGCAUUUGAAGUUUCAGGAGAUGAAAAGAAACUCUUCUAAACAAAUUGAGAUAAAAAUGAUCGAGAAUCAGUACGCAUUUGUGUUGAAACUGUUGAGAGACGCUGUUGAGUUGAAGUCCUGUUUAGAAGUGGAAUACAAGAACAAGAUUGCUAACUGGUUUGAUGAUGAACUGAUGAAACCGAGUCAGCACGAGAUCGUGCAGGAAUCUUACUGGGUUGAGCUCGAAAAACCUAUUAUCGAAGUGGUCGAUGAAACCGAGCUACAAACGAUAAAUGAAACGAAACCCCUCUGGCGCGCCAAAUCGAUCAACAAAGCGUUGAGGGAAAUCAAAAAGAGAAAUGAUGACAUCUUGGAAGUCGAACAGAAGACGAAAUUGCUUCAUGAAAUGAUGGAAGAUUUGGAAUAUGUUGUGCACACACAGGGUGAAAUCGGUAAUCGCGUCGAAAAGCAUACUGAAAUCACGAAGAUUGUCAUGGAGAAAGUCGAAAUACAAACCGAUCAAGCGAUUGUCAGCCGAAAAGCCGCAAACAACAAACUUUGCGCCGUUAUGGCGCUUGUUCUCUGCCUCUUCUUGUUGUUUGUAAUUCUGAAUCUUGCCAGGCUUUUC